AUAAUUUUCCUGCAAAAUCAUUAACAAAAACACUGUCAACAAAAAAAUUAGGCUACGAAAUACCAUAUUUACCCCUUCACCAACCUCAGAAAGUAAACUUAACAUGGUCACAUCGGUAAUUCCACUCUAACCGCGCUCUGCAAUGUUAAUUUGAAUUCCCGCGCCCUUCCAUUCUCAGAAGCGCCGUGUCGACUGGUUAAAGCCAGAUGGAGAUGGAGAUUGAGAUUGAGAUUCCGAACAAAAAUGAAAAAGAAAAUAAAAAAUUUGGAUCAUCAAAUUCCAAAAUAGACAUUUUUCGAAAUUUGUGAACCCGCGAAAGAAUCAUAUUCUACUUCAUCCACUUUCAUUUCAAUUCAACGGUUCGUCCUUUUUAUCUCUCUCGCUCUCUAAAAACAAACAAAGAACCACUGAUACUAGCAGUACCUUUUAGGUUCAGCUUCAUCUGUUUCAAAAAAAUGUCUUCCUUUAUGUUUAUGGAGUCCGAUUCUAGACCCAACGUCUAUUGCCGUAAAGAAAAAUCUCUCGGAGUCUUGUGUUCCAAUUUCUUGAGGUUGUAUAAUCGGGAAGGCGUUGGAUCCAUCGGUCUCGAUGAAGCUGCUUCUCAAUUAGGAGUGGAACGGCGCCGCAUGUAUGAUGUUGUCAACAUAUUGGAGAUUAUUGGAGUUGUAGCAAGGAAAGCUAAAAACCAGUAUACAUGGAAGGGUUUAGGGGAAAUCCCACGUGCUUUGGAGCAGUUGAAGGAAGAGGGUUUGAAGGAGAAUUUCAGUGCCUCUGUUUGCUGUAGCUCUUCUAGAGUUUUAAAUGACAAUGAGCUUAGUGGGCUUCUGAGUCUGAGUUCUAAAGAGGAGGACUAUUCUUCUGUGUGGUCGAAAAGCAAAAACAAGAGAGACAAAUCUCUAUCGCUUCUCACCCAGAACUUUAUCAAGCUUUUUCUUUGUUCAGAUAUGGAUUUGAUCUUGCUUGAGAAUGCUGCGAAGGGAUUGCCAGGUGAUGCAGAUGAUCCGACAGCUUUGAGAACAAAGGUUAGGCGUCUGUAUGAUAUUGCCAAUGUCUUAUCUUCUAUGAAUCUGAUUGAGAAGAUUCGUCACCCUGAUAGUGGGAAACCAGCAUAUAGGUGGUUGUAUUGGGGAGGAAAGACCAAGAAUGAAAUUGAUACUUCGGAUACUAACCAGCCUAAAAAGAGAGUAUUUGGGGCUGAUAUCACGAAUUACAAUUCCAAGAGAAAGAGAGGAGAUACUGCAGAGGAUUGCAAGUCAAAUCAAGAGAAAAGUAAGCAAACAAUCGCUAACUCUACUGAACUGGAACAAAAUGAAUGUGAUGAUGAAGAAGUGAAGCAGCAUCCAAAGUAUGCCUCAAAGGGUAUUGUAUUUGGCCCUUUUGCACCUAUUAGUUUGCCUAUGGAAGGAGAUGCAGCAAAUAAAAGAGUCAGACAGGUUCAAGACUGGGAAAGUUUGGCUUCUACUUAUCGUCCUCAGUAUCGCAACCAAGCUACUAAAUUUUAGAGACGGGUUUCGUUUUGUUGAUGAUCUGGCAGCUCUAAGUGACCUUUUUGCUCAUUACAUGGAGGCUUGGAAAUCAUGGUUCGUGGACGCUGUAGGGAAGCAAGAGGUGCAACAAAUAUGCUGACAUAGAAUACUCUGUUAACUUCAUUUAGGAUUUUCAACCCCAUGGUUGACUGAGGAUUACCCUUUUCUUCUUCUUCAUCAUCUACACUGUCUUCUCACGACAAAGCAUAUACGUGUUCCAGGAAUAAGUUUCUUGCUAUGGUAGCAAGACGGCGAUCACCUCCUACACUAAUCAUACAUUACGGGCCCUCAUUUUUAUACUACUUGUUGGUGACUAAUAAGAAUUAUUUAAUGAGCCAAAGGAAUUGGAAAGUCUAGAGCUUUCUUUAUUUUCCUUAGAAUAAUAAAUGAUUCAGUAGCUUUCCGAAGCUUCAACUCUUGUGUUUAUAGGCAAUGCAAGAUGUCUUAUUACUUUGUUUCUUCUGCAUGUAUUGAUUUUGAAUAUCAAGUUAUUUUAUUUCUCAUUAUUUUCA